AUGUCCACACCCCGCGUUCUCCCUACGCACCUGCACGCCUUCGCCCCAGGGAAACCCCACGGUACAGUGCGCAUGCUCGGCGUUAUAACCACCGUCAGCGGUGAACAAGCGACACUGACCUGCGGCGAUGAUGCAGUCACAGUUCUGCUCAACAGAGAUUCGCACCUCUCGGUCAACUCGCUGUAUGAAAUCGUGGGCAAAGUCGUUAACCUUGAUGGUGGAGAGGGAUUGGGCUUGAGAGUACUGAGCAGUACGGAGUGGCCACGCAACGAGAGGAAUGAGUUACCCGAUAUCAAGCUGUUUGAGGCCGUCGUGGACGCUACACACCGGUACAAUAAUAUUUUCUACGAGGGCGACGGUGGUGACAGUGGUGGCCAUGGAGGGUAUUAA